GUCCCGGCGGUGAGUCCGGGCGGUGAUCCGUGUUGGAGCGGAGCAGCAGCAGCAGGAGCCUCUCGGCUGCGGAGAGACACACCCGGUGCCAACAUGUCACUGGCUGUGCAGCUCCUCAGCGUUUUGGAGGAUUUGAGAGAGGAUGAGUUCCGAAAGUUCCAGUGGUUCCUGGGGGAUCAUGACAUCCAGAAAGACCUCCCAGCCAUCCCAAAGUACAAACUGGAUCAUGCAGACAGGCUGGACACAGUGGAUUUGAUGGUCCAGAUGUACGACGCAGAGUCCGCGGAGGUCACCAAGAGGGUUCUGAGUCUAAUGAACAGGAGUGAUCUUGUUCAUCAUUUGGCAUUCACCAGCGCAAGCAGUAAAGAGAUUCUUGCCAACUGCCAGCGUAAACUCAAAUUGAAGCUGAAGAUGAGGUUUCAGGAUUUUAUUGAGGGAAUGACAGGAGCAGGAGAGUCAGUACCUCUGAAUCAGAUCUACACAGAGCUGUACAUCACAGAGGGAGGGAGUGGAGAGCUCAAUGAGGAACAUGAGGUCAGAUGGAUUGAAACAGCAGCCAGGAAACCAGCCAGACCAGAAACACCAAUCAAAUCUGAAGACAUCUUUAAACCUUUACCUGGAAGGGUUCAAAUAAUCAGGACAGUGAUGACAAAGGGAGUGGCUGGCAUUGGGAAAACAGUCUUAACACAGAAGUUCACUCUGGACUGGGCUGAACACAAAGCCAACCAGCAUGUCCACUUCACAUUUCCAUUGACUUUCAGAGAGCUGAAUCUGCUGAGAGGGAAAAAGUUGAGCUUGGUGGAACUUCUUCAUCACUUCUUCACUGAGACCAAAGAAGCAGGAAUCAGCAGGUUUGAGCAGUUCCAGGUUGUGUUGAUCUUUGACGGUCUGGAUGAGUGUCGACUUCCUCUGGACUUCAACAACAACCAGAUCCUGACUGAUGUUACAGAGUCCACCUCAGUGGAUGUUCUGCUGACAAACCUCAUCAAGGGGAAACUGCUUCCCUCUGCUCGCCUCUGGAUUACCACACGACCCGCAGCGGCCAAUCAGAUCCCUCCUGAGUGUGUUGACAUGGUGACAGAGGUGAGAGGCUUCACUGACCCACAGAAGGAGGAAUACUUCAGGAAGAGAUUCAGAGAUGAGGAGCAGGCCAGAAGAAUCAUCUCCCACAUCAAGAGGUCACGAAGCCUCCACAUCAUGUGCCACAUCCCAGUCUUCUGCUGGAUCACUGCUACAGUUCUGGAGGACAUGUUGAAAACCAUUGAGGGAGGAGACCUGCCCAAGACCCUGACUGAGAUGUACAUCCACUUCCUGCUGGUUCAGUUCAAAGUGCAGAACCUCAAGUAUCAUGGGAGAGCUGAGACAGAUGCAGUCUGGACUCCAGCGACCAGGAAGAUGAUCCUGUCUCUGGGAAAACUGGCUUUUGAGCAGCUGGAGAAAGGCAACCUGAUCUUCUAUGAAGCAGACCUGGUAGAGUGUGGCAUUGAUAUCAGAGCAGCCUCAGUGUACUCAGGAGUGUUCACACAGAUCUUUAAAAAAGAGUAUGGGCUGCAUAAAAAAGCGGUUUUCUGUUUUGUCCAUCUGAGCGUUCAGGAGUUUCUGGCUGCUGUUCAUGUCUUUGUGACAUUCAUCAACUCUGGAGUCAAUCUGCUGCCAGAAGGACAAUCAACCUCCCAACUAAAACUCCUCCUCCAGAGUGCUGUGGACAAGGCCUUACAGAGUCCAAAUGGACACCUGGACUUGUUCCUGCGCUUCCUCCUGGGUCUUUCACUGCAGACCAAUCAGACUCUCCUACGACGCCUGAUGACUGAGACAGGAAGUAGCUCACAGACCAAUCAGGAAACAGUCCAGUUCAUCAAAGAGAAGAUCAAGGACAGUCCCUCUCCAGAGAGAAGCAUCAACCUGUUCCACUGUCUGAAUGAGCUGAAUGACCAUUCUCUAGUGAAGGAGAUCCAACAGUACCUAAGAUGGGGACGUCUCUCCACAGUCAAACUGUCCCCUGCUCAGUGGUCAGCUCUGGGCUUCAUCUUACUGUCAUCAGAAGAAGAUCUGGAGAUAUUUGACUUGAAGAAAUACUCUGGUUCAGAGGAGUCUCUUCUGAGGCUGCUGCCAGUGGUCAAAGCCUCCAAGAAAUCUGUGCUGAGUGGCUGUAAUCUGUCAGAGAGAAGCUGUGCAGCUCUGGCCUCAGUUCUCAGCUCCCAGUCCUCUAGUCUGAGAGAGCUGGACCUGAGUAACAACGAUCUGCAGGAUUCAGGAGUGAAGCUGCUAUCUGCUGGACUGGAGAGUCCACACUGCAGACUGGAGGCUCUCAGGCUGUCAGGCUGCCUGGUCACACAGGAAGGCUGUGCUUCUCUGGCCUCAGCUCUGAGCUCCAACCCCUCCCAUCUGAGAGAGCUGGACCUGAGCUACAAUCAUCCAGGAGACUCAGGAGUGAAGCUGCUCUCUGCUGAACUGGAGGAUCCAACCUGGAGACUGGAGGCUCUCAGGGUGGACCAUGGUGGAGAGCAGAGGUUGAAGCCAGGUCUGAGAAAGUAUUCCUGUGAACUCACACUGGACACAAACACAGCAAACAGAAACCUCGUCCUGUCUGAGGACAACAGGAAGGUGACAGCAGUGAGAGAAGAGCAGCCAUAUCCUGAUCACCCAGAGAGGUUUGAGGACUGGGAACAGAUCCUGUGUAGUGAUGGUCUGACUGGUCGCUGCUACUGGGAGGUCGAGUGGAGGGGAUGGUUUCAUAUUGGAGUGACUUACAGAGGAAUCAGCAGGAGAGGAGGCGGUGCUGACUGCAGGCUCGGCGGGAACGACAUGUCCUGGGUUCUGUUCUGCUAUGGCGAAAGUUUCUGUGCCAGGCACAACAACAUACCAGCUGUCAUUUCUGUCUGGCCCCCUGCCUCCAACAGAGUGGCCGUGUAUCUGGACUGGCCUGCUGGCUCUCUGUCCUUCUACAGCGUCUCCUCUGACACACUGAUCCACCUCCACACCUUCAAAUCCACCUUCACUGAACCUCUGUACCCGGGGUUUGGGGUCCUCAACUGUGGACUAACAGGCUUUCCAGCUUUCAUUCAGCUUCCUCUGAAGGAUGCAGUUUGGGUUUGUCCUGGGCUGCAGCAACAAGAAGAGGAAGAGGAGACACAGCUGGAAGGAACAGAAGAAUCAACAAUCGUGACACCUAGAGAGCAGCUCCUUUACAUUUUGGAGGAUUUGACAGAGGAAGAUCUAAAAAAGUUCAAGUGGCUCCUGAAUGUCCUGGAAGACUUCCCAGCAAUCCCGAAGAGCCGACUGGAGAAGGCAAACAGGCUGGACACAGUGGAAGAGAUGGUCCGGAUCUACGGCUCAGACUCCGUGGAGGUCACCAAGAGGGUUUUGAUUCAAAUGAACAAGAAUGAUCUUGUUCAGCGGUUGGCAUACGCCAUCUUAAAUCCCGAAGAGACUCUUGCCAACUGCCAGCGUGAACUCAAAUCUAAGCUGAAGAUGAGGUUUCAGGAUUUUUUUGAGGGAUUGACAGGAGCAGGAGAGUCAACACCUCUGAAUGAGAUCUACACAGAGCUGUACAUCACUGAAGGAGGAAGUGGAGAGCUCAAUGAGGAACAUGAGGUCAGAUGGAUUGAAACAACAUCCAGGAAACCAGCCACUCCAGAAACAACAAUCACAUGUGAAGACAUCUUUAAACCUUUACCUGGAAGAGAUGGACCAAUCAGAACAGUGAUGACAAAGGGAGUGGCUGGCAUUGGGAAAACAGUCUUAACACAGAAGUUCACUCUGGACUGGGCUGAACACAAAGCCAACCAGCAUGUCCACUUCACAUUUCCAUUCACUUUCAGAGAGCUGAAUCUGCUGAGAGGGAAAAAGUUCAGCUUGGUGGAACUUCUUCAUCACUUCUUCACUGAGACCAAAGAAGCAGGAAUCAGCAGGUUUGAGCAGUUCCAGGUUGUGUUGAUCUUUGACGGUCUGGAUGAGUGUCGACUUCCUCUGGACUUCAAGAACAACCAGAUCCUGACUGAUGUUACAGAGUCCACCUCAGUGGACGUUCUGCUGACAAACCUCAUUAAGGGGAACCUGCUUCCCUCUGCUCAACUCUGGAUAACCACACGACCCGCUGCAGCCAAUCAGAUCCCUUCUGAGUGCGUUGGCAUGGUGACAGAGGUGAGAGGCUUCACUGACCCACAGAAGGAGGAAUACUUCAGGAAGAGAUUCAGAGAUGAGGAGCAGGCCAGAGGAAUCAUCUCCCACAUCAAGACGUCACAAAGCCUCCACAUCAUGUGCCACAUCCCAGUCUUCUGCUGGAUCACUGCUACAGUUCUGGAGGACGUGUUGAAGACAAGUGAGGGAGGAGACCUGCCCAAGACCCUGACUGAGAUGUACAUCUACUUCCUGCUGGUUCAGUCCAAAGUGCAGAACAUCAAGUAUCAUGGGAGAGCUGAGACAGAUCCACACUGGACUCCAGAGACCAGGGAGAUGAUCCUGUCUCUGGGAAAACUGGCUUUUGAGCAGCUGGAGAAAGGCAACCUGAUCUUCUAUGAAGCAGACCUGGCAGAGUGUGGCAUUGAUAUCAGAGCAGCCUCAGUGUACUCAGGAGUGUUCACACAGAUCUUUAAAGAGGAGCGUGGGCUGUACCAGGACAAGGUUUUCUGCUUCGUCCAUCUGAGCGUUCAGGAGUUUCUGGCUGCUCUUUAUGUCUUUCUGACAUUCAUCAACUCUGGAGUCAAUCUGCUGACAGAAGGACAAUCAACCUCCCAACUAAAACACCUCUACCAGAGUGCUGUGGACAAGGCCUUACAGAGUGCAAAUGGACACCUGGACUUGUUCCUGCGCUUCCUCCUGGGUCUUUCACUGCCAACCAAUCAGACUCUCCUACAAGGCCUGAUGACACAGACAGGAAGUAGCUCACAGACCAAUCAGAAAACAGUUGAGUUCAUCAAGGAGAGGAUCAGGGACAGUCCCUCUCCAGAGAGAAGCAUCGACCUGUUCCACUGUCUGAAUGAGCUGAAUGACCAUUCUCUAGUGAAGGAGAUCCAACAGUACCUGAGUUCAAGAAGUCUCUCCACAGCCAGUCUUUCCCCUGCUCAGUGGUCAGCUCUGGUCUAUAUCUUACUGUCAUCAGAAGAAGAUCUGGAGGUGUUUGACCUGAAGAAAUUCUUGGCUUCAGAGGAGGCUCUUCUGAGGCUGCUGCCAGAGGUCAAAGCCUCCAGGAAAUCUGUACUAAGUGGCUGUAAUCUGUCAGAGAGAAGCUGUGCAGGUCUGGCCUCAGUUCUCAGCUCCCAGUCCUCUAGUCUGAGAGAGCUGGACCUGAGUAACAAUGAUCUGCAGGAUUCAGGAGUGAAGCUGCUCUCUGCUGGACUGAAGAGUCCACACUGCAGACUGGAGGCUCUCAGGCUGAGUGGCUGUAAUCUGUCAGAGAGAAGCUGUGCAGCUCUGGCCUCAGUUCUCAGCUCCCAGUCCUCUAGUCUGAGAGAGCUGGACCUGAGUAACAACGAUCUGCAGGAUUCAGGAGUGAAGCUGCUCUCUGCUGGACUGGAGAGUCCACACUGCAGACUGGAGGCUCUCAGGCUGUCAGGCUGUCUGGUCACACAGGAAGGCUGUGCUGCUCUGGCCUCAGCUCUGAGCUCCAACCCCUCCCAUCUGAGAGAGCUGGACCUGAGCUACAAUCAUCCAGGAGACUCAGGAGUGAAGCUGCUCUCUGCUGGACUGGAGGAUCCAACCUGGAGACUGGAGGCUCUCAGAAUGGACUUCUGCGUGUCGGUCUGCAGGGCCAGGCUUCAUGGUGUGACCCCCGAGCAGAGCUGGACACAGACUCAUUACUGGCUGCAGUGUCCGCACGCCGGAGCGUUUCGCUGCAGUCUCACCGGUUUGGUGUUGGAGGGUGAUGGUGAUGUCACCUACCAGAUAGUUCCCUGGGAAAUUAACAUCCUCGCCACAAAGGGCUUUGAGCCGGCAGGUCAUCUGGUCAAGUUCACCUGCCUGAGAGGAAGUUUCCACCGACUCCACCUGCCGCACUGCCAGAUCUUCUCUGGAACCGCUGCCAAGGUGCCACUGGGCAAGGCACCGAACCCCGAGCUGCACUUCUCCCAGUGGAUGUGA